UUCCCAGGCUGCUAUAAAGUCACUGCGGAUCAUUCGGGCAAUGGCUACACUGAGAUCAGAGAUUCAGCUUUAGGAGUGAAAGCAGUCAGCUUCUCACAAUGCCGUACUAUUCCAGGGGUGAUGACGACGUCGACGAUUUCGAUGAGUAUGAUCCAACGCCAUACGGUGGGGGAUACGACAUUACUCUCACCUAUGGUCGCCCCAUUCCUCCGUCUGAUGAGACUUGCUACCCGAUCACAUCUUCGACCUCUGAUGAAUUCGACUAUGAUCGUCCCCAGUAUACCUCAUAUGCUGAACCAUCUGCUUAUAAUGAAGAGGCCUUGAAUACUGAGUACAGCAGCUAUGAUCGUCCCAAGCCCAGGCCUGCACCAGCGUUCAAUCCCGGCGCAGAACCUGGAGGCCAAUACGGGGGGAGGCCUGAGCCUGCUUAUGGCUUGGAUUCUGAUGUGAAUAGGCCAGACUACGGUGGAUCAGCGUACGGAUCUGGGUACGGUCGGAAGAAUGAAUACGAUCAACCUAGUUCAGAUUAUGGAUCAGGCUAUGGGCGGAAGCCGGAGUAUGAGGCACCUCCCUCGGAAUAUGGAUCUGGAUAUGGUCGGAGGCCGGAGUAUGAGGCUCCCCCUCAGGAAUAUGGAUCUGGACAUGGCCGGAAGCCGGAAGCAGCCCCCUCAGAGUACGGAUCUGGGUAUGGUCGGAGGCCGGAGUACGAGGCACCUCCCUCGGAAUACGAGGCGCCGAGUUCGGAAUACGGAGCUGGGUACGGUCGGAAGCCGGAAUACGAGGCGCCGAGUUCGGAAUACGGAGCUGGGUACGGUCGGAAGCCGGAAUAUGAGGCACCCACCUCAGAAUAUGGAUCCGCUUAUGUACGAAGAACUGAGCAUGAGACAGGCGAAUCUGAAUAUGGAUCCGGUUAUGGUCGCAAGCCCAGCUCCGGGGAGGAAGAGGGCGGAGGAUAUGGUUACGGGGGAAGAACUGAGAGGCCUGCGUAUGAGGACGAGCCGCCAAGGAGACCAAGUUAUGGAAGGCCAACUUAUGAGAGCCAGGAAGGGGGAGAACAUGGCUAUGGGCGCUCAGAGGAGGAGUACAGAGGACCUAGUUAUGAGAGGCGUGAUGAUGAUGAUAAGCCUCGUAAGUAUGGCUACAGCGAAGAGGGCUAUGGACGUAAGAAAUAUGGAGAUGAUAGCGGCGAUGAUGAUGAUGGUGAGAGGAAGCACCAUCGCCACAAGCAUCAUCACCACAAGAGUUACGAUGAUGAGUGAUCAAAAUGCAGGAGAUUGAAGAUUUGGCUUGAGUAUGAAAAUCAUUCCAGAAUUACCUACUAAAUAAACAGCUGGGCCAUGUUUGCCUUGCUAUGGGUCAGACUGUCAAUAUGGAGUCUUGUGGUGUUGCCUUGUCCUGUGUGCAUUUCUAAGUGAACGGUUUGGGCUUGUUUGCCUUUAUGUGUGUUGCUGCUAUUGUGGUCUGUGAAGUCUGCUCUUGAAUGAAAACAAACUAUCAGCAUACACUGAAGUGUUGGCGUUGUUUGUCUUUGAAGUUCUAAAUAAAUCCUAAUUAUAUGGGUUGAUUUUUA